AUGCAAAUGAAAUGCCCACCCGAUUCUCUCUAUCUUGCCGGUAGAUGCUUCACAAUCGAUACAAGGCGAAUACUUUUAUUGCGUACAGAAGCGAAACAAGUUUGCCGUAGUCAGGGAGGAUAUCUAGCAUCUAAUAUUGAUGCGUCUAUGGAUAGUGAUUUAUCCAGACAGUUGGUUCGAAGAGGCAAGGAGAAUGAAGCCUUUUGGAUCGACUUACAAGUUGACCCUAAUGGUCGACUGAUGUGGAGUGACGGAAACCAAGCCACUUACAGGCCAAAAAGUUCCUCCUUUAUGGUGCCGAAUUCAUGCGUGGCUUACGUGAUAUCUGGUGGCAUGACCGAUUGGACAUCACUGCCAUGUGACGCAUCAGCCAAUUAUCUAUUAAGAAAUGACCUUUUUGUUAUUAUCGUAACUGAAGACCUUCAGCAGCAAACCGACGUCGAGAGGUCGUUGUGCCAUCGCCGACUGAUGAACGAAGAAUUGCCGUUGAAGGAUUUGCAUUGUGAGCUCAUUCUUCAUCAUUUUUACAGAUGA